GCUCAAGUCUUGCCGCUGUCGAUGUCACGAGGAGGAUCCUACUGAGGGGGCCUAUAAUGAAAUGGUUGUUCCUUCCUACUUGCGAAGAGCAAACCGAUCCUCUCGUGAUACAUUUUCUGAUCCAUUUUCAAGAUAGUGUCGUUUUGAAGCAGGAGCAGCAGACAAGAUCAGGCGGUUCUGAAAAAUCGAAUCUGAGUAAUUGUAAUUAUUCCCUUGAAGGACGAGCCUCCCGGCGCCGGGAGAUCAGAUCUUCCCCUCUCGUGUGUCAUGGCUUGCACGGGCUUUUGACAUAGUUAGAGAUCGCGACGCAAUGGAAACGCAAAAAAAAAUUUUCCGAGUUUCUCUGGCUCGGGAAGUAGAGCCUCAUGUUUACAAAGCGAGUUAAAAGUUUAAAAAGAGCUUUUCUAUAAAUUAUUGCCGCUCCAAUGGAUAAAACAUCAACAUCCACUUACCUCAUCCUCUAGAUGGCAAACACACGCCUGCUGGUGCGAAAAUGAGCACGGUGGGAACCUCCAACUCUACCAGCGUGGGCGCAACUGCCGCGGCGCUCGCGUAUGCAGUGCAAAUAGGCCGCUGGGUCUGGAAGAGUGCAACUUGUGUCGCUGCCUUUGGAUUCUGCAUGCAGCAAGCGGAGUCCGGUUUUUCCUACGCGGAGGGGGCAUUUCUCAUGCGGUAUAGGCAUCAGGAAGCUCUCCCUGUCCCUCUCGCUAGGGCAUACAUCGCAUGUGGUCAUGAUGCAAAUGUUGUGCAUUACAAGUCGUGCAAUCUUCCAGACCCCGACACUUCUGCACUUGAUAUCGCGGGACUUUUUGCGACGACGAAUCACGAGUCACUGGCACAAAGUACUGCAUCACCUACGCAAGCCGCGCCCACCACACCUACCGGAGCUGUUAUACUGCACCCUAACGAGGUGCAGCCCUCGCCCUCGUCUACCCCCCGUGACCACCAUUUGACCCACGAGCCGCAGUUUUGGUUCUACCUAGCACUCGCGGUACUGUUACUCUUCCUCGCCGGGGCUUACUCUGGGCUUACCGUGGGCCUGCUCGGCAUGGAUCCAGCGCAAUUGCAAGUAUUAAUCGCGAAGCAGGAGAGCCGAAACCUGGACGGUCCCAUGGGAGGCGUAUCGUAAUGAAAAACCUCCCCUCCCCAUAUCGAAAAGAAAAUUUGCGAUGCUGAUUUGGGAGCACAAAUCGCAUUGUAUUGCUAGAAGGCCAAGAGACGCAGCUGCUCCCUCGUUUGCUGGCCAUUUGUCUUGCUGUUUCCCUUUUCCAGUUGCUUUCUGUCAUGCUGAAGACGCAAGGCUUUCCCACGCCAGCCAGCACUGCAAUCCGCAUCUCUUCCCUUCUAGCAUGACAACGCGACUCGUGAUCACAAAUUAUGCUACACAAGUCUCCCUUUGAGUAAGUAUGUGGAGGGGGCAUUUUUUCUUUUGAUAAGGCGCGCCAGAAGUGGGCGAUGAUGAAGUAUUAAGCAAACCGAAAGCUUCUGCAGCCACUGCCUCUUCGUCGGGGCAAGUCGUGCUAGCGGCGCAUCACGGUAGCUUUUUACCGCUGUCUGCAACAGGGCCGCGGCGGCUCCGAGGUUUGUCGAGGAGGAGUGGACUACGCAGGAACUACAGCACACAGGUGAGCAACCGCAUGGAAAACCGGCUAUCGCAGUAUUUGAAAAACCACCACAGACUACUGUCGACGCUCCUUUAUCAACUGCAAAUAUGUUGUCUGGAUCUGGAAACUUGUGAUGCUGAUGAAUUGUCGUGGAUGACUGAUGAAAUACUUCCCAAUUAUGCAGCUGCCAAGGAUGACAAGUUUGCCGAGCACUCUCUCAUGCGCAGUCCGCAUGAGAAACUGCGGCUGCGCUUCUGUAUGACAAAAGAGGCCGCCUUUUUGUUAGUCAUGCAACACAGAUGUAGUUACAGGAAUGCAGGACUAGCAUAAUAAAUAUGCAAGUUCCAUGCUUGUUCCAGACCCAGACAUACAUGCAAUGCAUAUCCGCAUCGGGAACACGAUUUGCCUCGAGUCCCUCCCGUUGGUGUGGGACAAGAUCUUGGACGACGAGUCGAGCCCGUUUUUUGCCAUCCUGGUCUCGAUUUUCGGCGUUUUGAUUUUUAGCGAGAUCAUCCCGAUGGCGUUUUUGACGGGCGAUCACCGGUUGAGGUAUAUUACGAAGCUGGAGUUUCUGCUUUACUACAGCUACUACUACUUCUUCGCCCUGAUCUAUCAAACAAAAAAAGUUCGUCACGAUCACGCGCGCGCAUUUUUGUGAAUGCAAAACUUUCUGUCAUGCGUAAAAAUGCAUCACAGCCAAACGGCAUAAGGAAUAUUCCUAGCGUUUCUGCAACACAAGGAAAAGUUGUGACGCAAAAAAAAUUGCAAUGCAAGGCCUGCAAGUUAGUGACUGCGGCGAGCUUUUUUCUCUCCAUAUAAUCGCGGUCCCCAUGGCCUAUGUGCUGGACCUGUCGGUGGGAAAGCGGUAUGCAGUGCAAAGGUAAGUACGAUUCUCGUGGUACAACUAGUAGUGCAUUACAAAAAAUUCUUUCAAGAACAACAAUGCCAUUUGUCGUGCUGGAUCAGGUAGAAAGUAUAGAUUUGUGAUGCAAAAUAAAUCUUGCAAGUAGUACGAGUAUCAGAGAACAGACUUUUGCACAGAAUGAGAAGGAAACCGAUUUGGAGGAGAAGUUUGGCGAUGACGCAAGGCGGCUGACGACCCUGACGCUGCCCACUGAAAGUAUAGGGGAAGCAAUAUCACAGCAAAAAGACGACACGGCAAUCACGCCAGAUCAUGGCGUCCGAAGUGCAAGGAAGACAGGCACGAUACUGCGAGGAAAAAUCCGCCCUCCCCAUAUUGAACAGGUAUGUUCCUGAAAAUUUGUGAUGCUGAUUUGUGACGACAAAUCCUGUCGCUCUUGCAAGAAGGCAAAUCCAAAGCAUCCGCCGCCUUAUGGAGGCGAUUUGUAAUGCUGUUUCAUCUUCAACUUCAGUGCCGGCCUCUGUUAUGCUAAGCGCCUGCAACAGACCACCCCAACGCAGGCUGAGGCUUUGCCUGUGGUGCCUCAUUGCAAGACAGGGAUGAUUUGUGUACACAAAUCCAGCAACAGAAGUUUCCGUUUCAAUAUGGGGAGGGGGGAUUUUUCACAGUGAUACACGACCGUGAUCGAGAUGGAAGAGAUUGGUGUAGUUGGCGCGUUAUCCAAUGCAAAUAUGUCUGGGUCUGGAAGAAUGCAAGUUUGUCAUGCUUGUCGCACAUGACUCUUAGAUCUGUAAUGCUAAUGUGUGAGCAGGAAAAGAGCCUCUUGCCUGUCAUGCAAAAAUGUAGUUUGUCAUGCGGAAAGCGAAACACAAAGGAGCCCAGAAACUUGUCAUGCGUGGCUGCCUAUUGCAGUGUCCCCAUAUUAAUAAAUUCAUAAAUUAGCAUCACAAGUUUCCAGACCCAGACACUUUUGCAGUUGAUACGCGUAUAAUGAUAUCGGGGAGCCAGGCGGUGAAGCGCAAAAAUAUCCUGUGCGAAAGUAUCCGGUACUCGUUGUAAUCGCAACCCUGCAUAACAACAAAUCUCCAUCCCAAGGUAAAACAGCAUGACAAAUUCCGUUUGUCAUGCUUGGCAAAUUUGUAAUCCGCUUUCUGCUAGUGCGAUGCUUUUGGUUUUGCAAUGCAUAAAAAUUACUCCCACGGCACGGGGACGACCACAGGAGUUAAGCGGGAGCCGACGCCGGGACUGGGCCGCACGAGGUCGUCUUCCACACUGAGCUAUGAACUGCAAAAGUAAGUACAACGAUCGUACUAGUAGUAAUUAGAAUAACGACAAAUUCGCGCAGCAAUAGCAACGGAAUUUGUCAUGCCGAUUUAGCUUGGAAAAAACGUUUGUCAUGCAUUGAUGGCGAUUUAUUUUGCACACUUUUGCAAUUUCCAUAUGAACCAGAGGGACUUGCUGACGCUGAUCGAAAUGAUAUCAAGUGCGAAUAUGCUCGGGUCAGGAAAAAUGCGAGGUUUGUCAUGCUAGGCUAGCAGGACUCUCAAGUCUGUCAUGCGCGUUAUCCAAAAACCCUAUUUUUCUGUGAUGCAGAGUCGCAGUUUGUCAUGCAGAAUAGGCAACACUUAGAAGCUCAGAAUCUUGUCAUGCUGAGCCAUCAUUUGUGGGCUCCUCAUGCUACGUCACUCAGCAUUACAAGUUUCCAGACCCAGACAUAUUUGCACAGGGUAAAUGAACCUACCAAGCAACGAGGAGAAACUGGAGCUGGUUAUCCUAAGCAAAAACGUCCCCACCCCAUAGUCAAGUUGGGAAUCUAGCAACGCAAAUCUUCAAGUGUUGGGAGUUGUGCAUGACAGGUUUCCCUCUGCAGUGUAGUGCUGGUCGGCAAGAAGGGAAGCCGCAUGAGAAAGCCACUCUCUCAUCCUGUUUACAGCAUUACAAAUUCCAAAACUCGACUGGAAAUUAUGCCUCUCAUGGAGCUGCGCAGUACAAAUCGAUUCCUGUCAUUGCGCAUUUGCAUGACAGCCGUGGGGUCGUGGGGACGUUUUUACUCAGGAGACCGGUGAGAGAGCUUUUUUUGCACCACCACGCGGACCUUUCUUUUUUGCGCACGACCUCCAGCAAGUACAGUCCUCACAAAGUAGAUGAAAACUACCUUGAGCGGGGUAGAAGUAGUACUACAGCCGUGGAGCUGCAACCACGUGAAAUAGAGCACCGCCAAAGUAGCAGCAGCAGCAGCGGCAAUGCCGGGGGGGAGAGAACGAGAAGAAUAAGAAGUACCAGCAGUAGUACCUCAUCUACGCCGGGGCGGACGAUGAGCAACUACCACGGGGCAAGAACCACGACUACUUCCGGCGCUCCUCUUGGUCACCAGCAAGCUAGUAGUACGACACUUCGUGGCGACGCAAGCCAGCAAGCGGUGGUUCCUACUUCCCCCGCACAAUUCCCCACCGGCGUAGAAGUAGUUCCGGCGACGCUGACAGGAGCACCUCAGCUCUCUCCCUCUCGGACUGGUUUUGGAGAGAGGAGGCAGAUAUCAAAUGUAAAAAUGUCUGGGUCUGGAAGAUUGCCAGGCUUGUCUUGCACAUUUUGCAUGACUUCUGACGUCUGUGAUGCAUGCCCUAGCAUCACAGAUUUUGUGAGGACUUCCUGAUGCCUAUACCGCAUGACAAAUGCUCUUUCCGUGUAGCAAAACUUGGACUCUCUUUGCUGCUCAUGCAAUACAGAUUUUUUUAGAAUCCAAAAUCAGCAUGACAAGUUGCAUUCUUCCAGACCCAGACAUUUUUACAGUUGAUAGCAGAUAGGAGUAGAACACGCGUCUUUGAUCGGAAACCGGUACCAUUGACGACAAACGACGUUGACCUAAAGCAUAGCUUUUUGACAUCUACCACUGCUCACGAGGACAUUUUGAUUUUCGACACUCGGGGUCUUGCACCAAAGAUAAAGACUUAGAUUAUACCAAACGCCGCGCAUUACUAAAAUUAGGAAGAACUUAUACAGGAUGAUGUAAAACCACUGCAGUACUUUUGAAAAGCAAAAAUCCUUCUCCAAGAAAUGCGGCGCUACUUCUUUCGGCGAUUACCAGCACUCUGUGUUCCAAG